GGGUUCCCGGUGGGGGCCCCCCCGGGUACCAGCAGCUUCUCCUCGCCGAGCAGCUGCAGGGGGGCAGCGAGGUGAGCACGGGGGCUGCCCGCCCCCCCAGUAGGGCCGAGAGCCGGGGGUGACGAUGCUGCCCCACGUCAGGGUGGAGGUGCAGCCCGGUGGGACCCCGGCGCCAGCCCCAGGACCAUGAUCCCCCCCAAGGAGAAGGCCAGGGCUCCCAAGGACAGCAUGACGCUCCUGCCCUGCUUCUACUUCGUGGAGCUGCCCAUCGUGGCCUCCUCCAUCGUGACACUCUACUUCCUGGAGCUGACGGACCUCUUCAAGCCGGCCAAGGUGGGCUUCCAGUGCUACGACCGGGCACUCUCCAUGCCCUACGUGGAGACCAAUGAGGAGCUCAUCCCGCUGCUCAUGCUGCUCAGCCUGGCCUUCGCCGCCCCCGCCGCCUCGAUCAUGGUCGGGGAGGGCAUCGUGUACUGCCUGCAGUCCCGGCUGAAGGGACGCGCCGGAGCCGAGGGCAGCAUCAACGCCGGCGGCUGCAACUUCAACUCCUUCCUGCGCCGCACCGUAAGGUUUGUGGGCGUCCACGUGUUCGGGCUCUGUGCCACGGCCCUGGUGACAGACGUUAUCCAACUGGCCACGGGCUACCACGCGCCCUUCUUCCUGACCGUCUGCAAGCCCAACUACACGCUGCUGGGCACCCCCUGCGACGCCAACCCCUACAUCACCCAGGACAUCUGCUCGGGCACGGACAAGCACGCCAUCCUCUCCGCCAGGUACGUGCUGGGGGCGGUGAGACCCACGCCACAAUGCCACCCCCCUGCCCCAUCCCAACCGUGCCCCCCAUCUCCCCGCAGGAAGACGUUCCCGUCCCAGCACGCCACGCUCUCCGCUUUCGCUGCCGUCUACGUGUCGAUGUAUUUCAACUCCAUCAUCUCGGACAGCACCAAGCUCCUCAAGCCCAUCCUGGUCUUCGCCUUCGCCAUCGCCGCCGGCAUCUGCGGCCUGACCCAGAUCACCCAGUACCGCAGCCACCCCGCCGACGUCUACGUGGGCUUCCUCAUCGGCUCCGGCAUCGCUGCCUACCUGGCUUACCACGCUGUUGGCAACUUCCGAGCCCCAACGGAGAGGGUCCCGGUGCCGGCGCCAGCCAAGGACGCGCUGCGGGCACUGACGCAGCGGGGCCACGACUCUGUCUACCACCAGAACAAGUCGGUGAGCACCGACGAGCUGAACCCCCAGACGCGGCUGGAGGAGGCGGCGCGGCCGGUGCCGCGGGAGAAGAACUCCCUGGGCAGCCUGAAGCGGGCCAGCGUGGACGUGGACCUGCUGGCCCCCCGCAGCCCCAUGGGCAAGGAGAACAUGGUGACCUUCAGCAACACCCUGCCCCGCGUCAACACCCCCUCCAUGGACGACCCCGCGCGGCGGCACAUGACCAUCCACGUCCCCGUGGACGCCUCCCGCUCCAAGCAGCUCAUCACCGAGUGGAAGCAGAAGUCCCUGGAGGGCCGGAGCAUGACGCUGGCGGAGGAGGCGGCACACGGCCGGGGUGCUGGGGACGCCGGCGAGGACGUGCCCCCCUCCCUCUACCCCACGGUGCAAGCGCGCUCGGCCGAGCGGGCGGCCAUGGGGCCCCGUGUCCUCAUCCAGCCCCGGCCGGGCGCCUCCCAGCUGGUGCACAUCCCCGAGGAGAGCCAGGCGGGCGCCGGUGGCCCGGCCGGCAGCGGGGCGGCCGUGCGGGCCAAGUGGGUGAUGGUGGCGGAGAAAGGGGGGGCGCAGCGGGUGGCCAACCCCCCGCGCCUGAUGCAGGUCAUCGCCAUGUCCAAGCAGCAGAGCAUCGUCUCCGUCACCCCCAAGCACUCGGAGACCUCCUCGUCCUCCACCAGCUCCGACUCCUCCCAGUACCGCUCACCCUCGGAGCGCGACAGCUCCAGCAUCAUCACCAUCGACGCCCACGCCCCCCACCACCCCGUCGUCCAUCUCUCGGCCGGGAACGGGCCCUGGGAGUGGAAGUCGGGGCCGAAGGGGCCGGAGGGGCCGGAUUCCUACGAGCUGGGUGAGAUGGGGAAGGAUUUCCGCGGCUUCCGCCCGGCCAAGAGCGCUGGCGUCUCCCCCGGCUCCUCCGUCAGCGACAUGGAGCAGGAUGAGCCACGCUACGGCAGCCUGGCCGCCAUCCCGGGGGCGGUGGGGGGUGGUGGGGAGCGGGGGGACCCCCCCUCUGAAGGGCUGCUGGGCACGGCCAGCCGGGAGUCCACGCUGCGGAGGAAGCCGGCCGAGAGGGACGGGCAGGGGGACAGCGAGGUGGACCACUACUACAAGAAAAUGCAAGCCAGCCGGAGGUUUAAGGACUGAGCCCCCGUUGCCUUCCCUGCGCCCGGCCCCCGGCUCCCCUGCCGGGGCUUGGGGGGCUUGGGGAGGGUCCAUAAUGUUGGGGUCCUUCUCUGCUGGGGGGACACCAGGAUGGGGCUGUCUUUGGCAUUGGGGCGACCGAGCAGAACAAGGAGCAGAACGUGGUCACAUCGGAUCCUGAGCCAGCUGAGCCACGUGUGAGACCCCCCCAGUGCAGGACCCAGCUCCUGCCUGGGCAGCUGGGGAGGUUUCGGGGGGCUCUGUCCCCCCCCCGGCCCCGUCCUGCGGGGCUGGGCAGCUCCAAGCACUUUUGACUUUCUUUUUUCUCUCUAACAUAGGUGCUGACAUUUCUGAGGGGUUAAUUUAUUCCAGCUCUGGAAGUGUAUG